CGCCAGAAUCAAGUUCAGUUGCGCCGCAAACGCGUCGCGGAAAUGUUUCGCUGCUUCAGCUGCUGCUGCCACCGUCCGAAAGAAAUCGAAAUCGAAACCGAAAUUGAAAUUUAAUUUAAAAUUUAAAAAGCCACUGUUUGAAAUCCGCAUCCUUGCCAACCGUUACAGAACCAGAACACAUAGAAAACCCGAUACAACGAAACGGGAAUCCAAACCGUUUGAUAGUUUACUUCUUUCCCUAAAGUUCUCAGUUGGCGCCAUGAGGGAACCGCUGCCCGCGGCGGUGGUGACGGCGAUCCUGUUCCUUUGGCUCGGUACGUCGGUGCCGCCGACUUCUGGAUCGGCGGUGCUCAUCUCCGACAUGACCAUGAGCGUUAUGGUGGAGCUAUCCUCGCGACAUCCCUUCUGCAAGAUGCACACGGAUCGUGGGGAUAUCCAGCGCAUGCUGCUGCAGUCGGAUCCGCGUCGCAUACGCCAGGUGCCGCGGGAGUCGGUGAUGGAGCUGGAGGAGGUGUGCCGCCGGCAGGGAUCGUAUGGCCACGAGUUUCGCGGCGGACUGGGCUUCAUCUAUCCGGGCACCAAGUGGUGUGGGCCGGGCACAGCGGCCACCAGCUACGACGAUCUGGGUGCGCACGCUCGCGAGGAUCGCUGCUGUCGCGAGCACGACAUGUGUCCGGAUGUGCUCAAUGUGGGCGAAUGCAGGCGGGGAUUGUGCAAUCGCGGCACCUUCACGAGAAGCCACUGCGAUUGUGAUGCCCGGUUCAGGCGAUGCUUGCAGGCGGCGAACACGGAGACGGCCAACACGCUGGGCGCCAUCUUCUACAAUGUGGUGCAGGUGACGUGCUUCCAGGAGCGAAGUCCCUGCUCGGCACACCAGAGGUUCGAGGACUUCUACUACCGCACCGAUCACUGUCCGGCGGAAUUCCGGCAGGCGGAUCUCUAUGUGCCGCCGCACGGCGACAAUCUGAUAGCCAAGAUCCUGGCCCAUCCGCAGGGCCGGGCCCUGGCCGCUCCGGCCUGGACGAUACCCGCCAAGACGACGGCGCGCCGUUGGGGCGUCAAAUUGGCCAGCGUUGGCUUGGCGGCGGUGAACAUCCUGCGGGAGGUGGUGCAGCGACCCCGACUCCUGUGGGAUAGCCUGCAGGCGCCGGUCUCCAGGGAGCUGCCACCACCGCAACGGUAUCAGGAUGCGGGCUAUCACUACCAGCGACCAGGACCCGGCUCCGCCUACGGAUAUGGCCCUUACAGUGGUCGCGGUUACGGGGGCUUCGACUCGCCUUGGAGCUAACUGCCCUCGAAUCACGAAUGCCCCCGACGAAGACUGUUCCGAGCGGUUGGGUGGAGUCCAGUGGCGACGGCCAGUAUGUGUGCUUCGGAUGGCGAGUAAUCCACAGAGAGUCUAGGCAGGAUUGGGCAAGAUGCAUUGCCCAACAACUUGAGUUGCCAAAGAAAAUAUCGUUCACUUCCGUCCAAACGUGUGUUUCCAGUUGAUGGGCACGAAAUCCGUCUUCAUCCUGUUUUAUAUUCUGCUAAAGUUUCGUUCUUAUACAUAGGUACUUGUUAUUCUGGAAAAGUUCCACUAUCACAGCUCUACCAUCGAAACGUGGGAAGAGAAUGCGUCGCAUACGCAUGUUAAUUGCAUACUUUAAAUGGGGUUUUAUCUGUAAGAUACCCACUUGUGAGUCAUUAAGUGUAAAGUGGUAGGCUUUAAGGAAGCCAGAACGGCUGAUUGACGUGGGAGGCAUUUCAGCAGGACUUACCAUAGUCAGAAUCAUAUUUUUAUAUAGAAUUUUGAAGUAAUACUCUAAGCACGUGAAGAUUACUCGCCCGCCCGCGCAGUUACUUGCCAGGCCAAGGACAUUCAACCGCCCAACUGCUCCCGUUUAGUAUUAGUAGUCGUAAGUUGCAGUUCCGGCUCCGCUAGGGAGUCCUGCCAAUCCUAGCCACUUAGCUGCAUGUGUGAUUGCCAGUAACGUUGUGCAUGUACCUAGUUGUUGUCACUAGUUGAGCCAGUUGUUCACCAUAGACAGUGUUUGCUGUAGAAAUAAACUCACUGAGAAUCGCAUGCCUGCGCUCUUCCUUUCCGGUAAAUGAAUUCGAUUAGAGCCGGAUACAAUCAAACGGAACAGGAGGCCAUCUGCGCCCAGUGGCAGUACCAGCCAUCGGAGA